AUGGUGCUUGCUAGAAAACCGCUGAUGUAUCUUCAAGCCGGAACGCUGGGCCUCGAAUCAUAUACCGGCUUCAUAUUCUACCUUCUGGGAUCGCUCUUCGUCUCAGCAUUGCUCUUUUCACUGAAGGCACAUGGCAAGCCUAGCACAUACUUCUACAAGCCACUCGGCGACAUGUGGCUUGGUGAUGUUUUUGGAGGUCUCACCGCAAAAAUGCUCGAGGCACGCCUGGAUCAAGCUCAACUUCUCAAAAAGGUUGUCGAUGCAAUCAAAGACCUUGUUCAAGACUGCAACUUCGACUGCAAUGAUUCAGGUAUCGCGCUACAGGCAAUGGACAAUUCUCAUGUCGCUCUCGUGUCCAUGCUGCUACGGUCCGAAGCCUUUGCUCCCUUCCGCUGCGACCGAAACAUUGCUCUCGGCAUCAAUCUCAGCUCGCUCACAAAAGUCCUUCGCGCAGCACAGAAUGAGGACAUGCUCACAAUCAAGGCCGAGGAUGCGCCUGAUGUCGUCAACCUAGUCUUCGAGAACAAGACGAGCGACAGGAUCAGCGAGUACGACAUCAAGUUGAUGGAUAUCGAUCAAGAACACUUGGGCAUUCCAGAGACAGAGUACGCCGCAACCAUAACCAUGCCCGCACCAGAGUUCCAGCGCAUCUGCAGGGAUCUGAGCGCUCUGUCGGAGUCAGUGGCCAUUGAGUGCACAAAGGAUGGAGUUAAAUUUGCUUGUCAAGGUGACAUCGGCUCCGGCUCUGUUCAGCUCAGGCAGAACAGCAGCUUAGACAAGCCAAGCGAGGCUAUCGAGAUUGACCUGACUGAGCCUGUGUCUCUGACCUUCUCUCUAAAGUACCUGACCAACUUCUGCAAAGCAAGUGGCUUGUCAGAAACAGUCAAGCUGUGCUUGUCUAGCGAAGUGCCUCUCCUCGUAGAAUACGGCCUCACAAGCAACAGCUACCUGAGAUUCUACCUCGCGCCCAAGAUUGGCGAUGAAGAAUGA